CUUAUAGAGAACAUGCUGUGUUGUUCACCUACUAUAAGCACGGAGAAAAGGAAGAACGGAGAGGAGUUGUGAUUCACAGUAGAAGCCUGUGCACAAACUAGGAAUCAUGUUGGAAGAUUUCUGCAAUUCUACCUUCUGGAAUGCCUCAUUGCUGGACCGCCCAGAUGCCGACUUACCUCUGUGCUUUGAGCAAACUGUUCUGUUCUGGAUACCUCUGAUCUUCCUUUGGCUUUUGGCUCCUUGGCAUUUGUUCAACACAUAUAAAUCCAGAAUGAAAAAGUCAUCUUUAACCAAGCUCUACCUCACAAAGCAGGUGCUUGUUGUGUUACUCCUAAUCACAUCAAUCAUAGAGCUGGUCUUCACCAUUGUUGAAGGCUCAGGUCAGACCCCUAGACCUGCUGUUGAGUACACUAAUCCAUGUCUCUCCAUAGCCACCUGGGUCCUGGUUUUGGUGAUCCAUCACUACAGGAGAUGGUGCAUACAGAAGGACUCUUGGCUAGUGUUUAUGUUCUGGAUUUUCUCUCUGGUCUGUGGUGUUUUCCAGUUACAGACUCUUAUCAGGAUCCUCCUACAGGGAAAUGAUUCCAAUAUUGCCAGAUCCUGCCUAUAUUUCAUCUCCUAUGGUAUUCAGGUUGUUAUUGUGGUAAUUUCAGCCAUUUCAGAGAGGACUCCAGAAACCAGAGCAUCAGCAAAUAAUCCAUCAGCCACGGCCUCAUUUCUUAGCUCCAUUACCUUCAGUUGGUUUGACAGUAUCAUUGUGAAAGGCUAUAGAAAACCCUUGACUUUGGAAGAUGUCUGGGAGUUGAAUGAAAAAGAGAAAACCCAAGAAGUCUCAAAGAUAUUUGAAAAGUACAAGGAAAUAGAGAUAAAGAAGGCCAAGCGGGCACUGCAGAAACGACGUGAGAAGAGGAAAUCCCAGGAGACGUCUGAAGCCGGGAUGAAUGGCCCAAACACUAGUCAGAGCCAAGACAACCUUGUAUUGGAAGAUAUGAAACAGAAAAAAAAGAAGAAAGAGAAAAUAUCUGGAACCAAACAAGACUUUGCCAAGUCCUGGUUGAUCAAAGCUCUGUUUAAAACUUUCCGUGGUAUUUUGGUGAAGUCCUUCCUAUAUAAGCUGAUUCAAGACAUCCUGACGUUUGUGAGCCCUCAGCUCCUGAAGCUGAUGAUCUCAUUUGCUAGUGACCCCUCAACAUAUGUGUGGCAAGGCUACGGGUAUUCUGUCCUCUUCUUUGUGGUGGCCCUCAUCCAGUCCUUCAGCCUUCAGUGGUACUUUCAGUAUUGUUUCAUCCUGGGCAUGACUGUGCGGACAACCAUCAUGGCUUCCGUUUAUAGGAAGACAUUGAGUAUCUCCAACAAUGCUCGGAAGCAGUACACUAUUGGGGAAACGGUGAACCUGAUGUCUGUGGAUGCCCAGCGAUUUAUGGAUAUGACCAACUUUUUUCACCUGCUAUGGUCAUGCCCUUUGCAAAUUAUCUUAGCUGUUAUCUUCUUGUGGUUGGAGCUAGGACCCUCUAUCCUUGCAGGUCUAGGGGUAAUGGUACUACUUAUCCCCAUUAAUGCAGUGCUGGCCACCAAAAGCAGAGCAAUUCAGGUCAAGAACAUGAAAAACAAGGACAAGCGUCUGAAGCUCAUGAAUGAGAUUCUCAGCGGAAUAAAGAUCCUGAAAUACUUUGCCUGGGAGCCUUCAUUUAUGGAGCAGAUCCAGGGGAUUCGAAAGAAGGAGCUGAGGAACUUGCGGGCAUUUUCUGUGCUUCAGUGUGUUGUUGUAUUCAUCUUUAACCUGGCCCCUGUUCUGGUAUCAGUGAUCACUUUUACUGUCUACGUUAUGGUGGAUAAGAAUAAUGUUUUGGAUGCACAAAAGGCCUUCACUUCUAUCUCUCUGUUUAACAUACUCCGCUUCCCCCUGGCCUCGCUCCCCAUGCUGAUUACUACCUUACUCCAGGUUAGUGUUUCCACUGAGCGUCUGGAAAAGUACUUGACUGGAGAUGACUUGGAUACAUCCAACAUUGGACAUGAUGUCCAUUCUGGUAAAGCUAUUCAGUUGCACGAUGCCUCCUUUACCUGGGACAGAAGUAUCGAACCAGCUGUCAAAAACAUGACUCUGGACAUUAAGACAGGCCAACUGGUAGCUGUGGUGGGGACUGUUGGCUGUGGGAAAUCCUCCCUAAUGUCAGCCAUUUUGGGAGAAAUGGAGCCCAUCCAUGGGCGCGUCAAUAUCAAGGGCUCCAUAGCCUAUGUUCCUCAGCAGUCAUGGAUCCAGAAUGGCACUGUAAAAGACAACAUUCUGUUUGGAUCCCCAUUGGAUGAAAAGAGAUACCAGCAGGUUCUAGAGGCUUGUGCUCUCCUCCCAGAUUUGAAAAUACUGCCUGGAGGAGACCGCACUGAAAUUGGAGAGAAGGGUAUAAACCUCAGUGGAGGGCAGAAGCAGCGCAUCAGCCUAGCCAGAGCUGUCUACAACGACUCAGACAUCUACAUUUUGGAUGAUCCCCUCUCUGCUGUAGAUUCUCAUGUAGGAAGUCAUCUUUUCACCAAAGUCAUUGGCCCAAAUGGGCUACUGAAGGACAAGACUCGCAUAUUGGUGACACAUGGCAUUCACUUCCUUCCUCAAGUGGAUGAGAUUGUGGUCUUGGUGAACGGCACCGUAGUGGAGAAAGGAUCCUACAAUGCUCUAUUGGCUAACAAAGCAACAUUUGCCAGGAAUCUGAAGCUAUAUGCCAAGCAGAACAGCUCGGAAGGAGAGGCCACAGUUGGUGACGGGAGUGAAAGUGAAGAUGAAGAUGACCUUGACUUAAUACCAAGUAUAGAAGAAAUUCCUGAUGAGGUGGCCUCCUUGGCCUUAAAAAGGGAGAAUAGCUUUCAACGAACACUCAGUCGAAGAUCCAGGUCUGACAGCAACAGACAUCGGAAGUCCCUCCGAAAUUCCCUAAAAGUUGGUAAUAUGAAGCCAAAGCAAAAAGAACAUGAAGAGGUGGUGAAAGGACAGAAACUAAUUGAAAAAGAAGCGGUAGAAACUGGACAGGUGAAGCUCUCCGUAUUCCUGAAGUACCUGAAUGCAAUGAGAUGGUGGCUUAUCACCUUCACCCUCCUUGCUUACAUGGGAAAUUCUGCGGCUUUCAUGGGAUCCAGCUUCUGGCUCACUGAAUGGACCAAUGACUCCCAGAAAUACUGGAAUCGAACUUAUCCAGCCUCUCAGCGGGACUUGAGAAUUGGAGUUUAUGGGGCUCUAGGAGUUACCCAAGGUUUGUCUGUGCUUUUGGCAACUCUUCUGUCCACCUAUGGUGCCAUAAGUGCUUCCCGAGGCCUGCACAAGCAGCUACUAGACAACAUCCUUCGAGCGCCCAUGAGCUUUUUUGACACAACACCCACAGGAAGGAUUGUGAACAGGUUUGCCAACGAUAUUUCUACAGUGGAUGACACCAUACCUGCGUCCUUCCGAAGCUGGAUCCUUUGCUUCUUGAGCAUUCUCAGUACCCUUAUUAUGAUCUCUGUGGCUACCCCAGUUUUUGUCGCUGUCCUUGUUCCUCUGGCCAUCAUUUAUAUCCUUGUACAGAGAUUCUACGUGGCCACCUCCCGACAGCUGAGACGUCUAGAUUCUGUCACCAAGUCUCCAGUGUACUCCCACUUCAGUGAAACGGUGACGGGUUUGCCGAUAAUCAGGGCCUUUCAGCAUCGGCAGAGGUUUCUGAAGGACAAUGAAGGCUUAAUUGACACUAACAAGAAAUGCUUGUUUUCCUGGAUCAUUUCCAAUAGGUGGCUGGCGAUUCGAUUGGAGCUGGUUGGGAACCUGGUGGUGUUCUUUUCUGCCUUGCUGUCGGUCAUUUAUAGAAACACCCUGAAGGGGGACGUAGUGGGCUUGGUGCUUUCCAACGCACUCAGCAUUACACAAGUUCUGAACUGGUUGGUGAGGAUGACUUCUGAACUGGAGACCAACAUUGUGGCUGUUGAGCGAAUAGAUGAGUACGUCAAAGUAAAAAAUGAGGCCCGCUGGAUUACAGAGAAGAGGCCUCCAGCCAACUGGCCCAGCAAAGGUGAGAUCUGCUUCACUAAUUACCAAGUGCGUUAUCGCCCUGAGCUGGAGCUGACAUUGCACGGGAUAACCUGUAACAUUGAGAGUACAGAGAAGGUUGGCGUAGUAGGCAGGACGGGAGCUGGGAAGUCAUCCCUUACCAACUGCCUCUUCAGGAUCUUAGAAGCUGCAGGAGGCCAGAUCACAAUUGACGGACUAGACAUUGCCUCCAUCGGGCUCCAUGAUCUCCGAAACAAACUGACCAUCAUCCCUCAGGAUCCCAUCCUGUUCACUGGAAGCCUGAGAAUGAAUUUGGAUCCUUUCAACAAGUACUCUGAUGAAGAGAUCUGGAAGGCGCUGGAAUUGGCUCACCUGAAGCCCUAUGUGGCAGGCUUGGCAGAGGGUCUGUCCUAUGAAGUGAGCGAGGCUGGUGACAACUUCAGUGUUGGACAGAGACAGCUUCUGUGCCUGGGUCGUGCUCUGCUUCGGAAAUCAAAGAUACUCAUCCUGGAUGAGGCCACAGCUGCUGUGGAUCUUGAAACAGAUAACCUAAUCCAGGCCACAAUCCGAAAGGAGUUCUCCGACUGUACAGUCAUUACCAUCGCCCACCGCCUGCACACAAUUAUGGACAGCGACAGGGUUAUGGUAUUGGAUAGCGGGAGGAUUGUAGAAUAUGACAGUCCUGAAAAACUACUCCAGAGGUCGGGUGCCUUUUACCUCAUGGCCAAAGAUGCUGGCAUCGAAAGUGUGAACACAUCACUUUAGCUACAUCCAAAUGCCAAGAGGCUACCAACACACAAACGCUGAUGUAAACAAAGCUAUACAAAGGACAUUGGCUUCUGAGCCGGACUAUCUGGAUCUUCACUAUCAUUUAGCUAUCCCACAGGGCUGAGGCACUGAAAUCCAUACAUUUGGCCCUGGCCCUUCUAUGCUGAUCUUAAGGCUAUCUUAAAAUUCCCAAAAUAUACAGAAGGGAUUAAAAGUGACGGAUCAUUGAUACCUUGGGUGGUACCUGCUGUAGGAGAAUGCUGAGUAACAUCCUGAGGACAGUAACUAUUUUUUUUUUGUCCACAGUACCUAGGAAGUAGUAGGUACCUAAUAAAUGCUUGUUGAUUAAGGGA